AUGAGAUUAUUUCUCACGUUAGCGUGCAUACUAUCGUCUGUCUUUUCAGCGAUUGUGGGAAUUGACUAUGGGCAACAGUUCACUAAAGCCGUGCUAUUAGCACCAGGUAUUCCAUUUGAGUUAGUUUUGACAGAUGAGGGGAAAAGAAAAGACUUGUCAGGAAUCUGUAUCAGAAAAGAGCUAAAUGGUGGCUUGGAAAGAUCUUACGGAUCCCAAAUGGGUUCGUUGAUGACCAGAUUUCCUCAAAACACAGUUUUGGAUUUGAAACAAUUGAUUGGGAAAUCUUUUGAUGAUCCUGCCACUGAAAAGUAUUUACGGACCCAUUUUGGCAUCAAGUUAGUGGCAGAUGAUUCUAGAAACAAUGCUAUCAAGUUUGAUCUCGGAUUGGAAAAUUCAACAUAUCAAUUUUCUGUGGAGGAAUUGUUGGCCAUGUCGUUGAAUGAAAUAAAGGCAAGGGCUUUGAAUGAUCUUGAAGAAAAUCCAAAUGCUGCAGCAUUAGUUGAAGAUGUUGCAAUCAGCAUACCUCCUUUUUCUUCUCAAGCAACUCGUCGAGCCUAUUUGGACUCCUUGUACUUGGCAAAUUUUUCAAACGUUUUGGGGUUGGUAGAUGAGGGAACUUCUGUAGCACUCAACUUUGCUGGAAACAAGAAAUAUGACCAAUCUGAUUAUAAUGAUGUCUCAGAAUAUCAUUUGGUCUUUGAUGCUGGUGCUGGUUAUACUACGGCAACGUUAUUUUCCAUCACCCCACAAUCCAAUGGGAAGGUUGUCUUGCAAAUGGAAAGUGUAGGAGAGGAUUUAUUGUUUGGCGGAAAGACAUUGACGGAAUCGGUUUAUUCCAUUAUAUUGGAAAAACUUCUUAAUCAUUUCAACUUGGAAUCGUCAGAUCUCAGCGAUAAAAUUCACGCCAGAUUGUAUGAGGUUGCAGAAAAGGCAAAAAUCAUCUUGUCGGCAAAUACGGAAUACCACACGACCUUGGAGUCUAUAUAUGGAGACAAGGAUUUCAAAGUUCUGAUUACAAGAGACGAGUUUGAGGAAAUCAAUUCAGAUUUAAUGGACAGAGUUACCAAACCAAUUGAAACCGCCUUGAAGAAAUCUGGCUUAUCUGUUGAGAGUUUAAAGUCGGUGAUAUUGAACGGAGGUUCCACAAGAGUUCCAUUUGUACAGAAACACGUUUCCUUAUUUGUUGGCGAGGACAAGAUUUCCAAGUCGGUCAACACUGAUGAAAGUUCCGCCUUGGGAACCACUCAAAUGGGCUUGAAAUUGAAAACGAAAACGCAAAGCCCCAAAGAUAUCAAACUAGUUGACAAAAGCUACCAUAAUUUCGAGGUGAGUGUGAAUGGAAAUGAAGAGCAGUUGGUUGUAUUCCCAGAAGGAUCGGUGGUGGACAAUACAACAAAAGUUAGUCUAGGUGAGGUUGGUGACUCGUUGUCUAUUUCAUUGUUUGAGGAUGGCUCGUUGAUCAAAUCAUACAACUUUGGUGAUGUUUCCAGUGCGAUUGAAAAAUUGGGAUGCAAGUCUGAUGAAAACAAAGAAGUCUUAGCUACUUUUGAGCUCAACAGGAGCAAGAUAUUUGAUCUCGUAAAAGCCAACAUACAAUGCCAACCCAAGAAAUCUGGCUCAUUUUUGAAGAAUUUGCUUAAGAACAGUGGAGAGCAAGAAGUUUUGGUUGAUGGGUCUGAUGACGAACAAGAAACGGAAGGCGAAUUCAACUCUACAUCGAGUGACACGAAUUCGACCGAUACUAAUUCCAAAUCCAAAAGAUCAAAAGCAUUAAAGUCGACCUAUGUUUCAAUUCCUCCUGCAGUAUACCCUCAUAUUGAACCAAUAGCUAAGGACGAAAAGAAAAAGUUACUUCGAAAACUUGCCUACUUGAAUUACUUGGACGAUGCCAAGAUUGAGUUGACAGCUGCGAGGAACCAGUUGGAGAGUCAAUUGUACAAGUUAAGGGACCUCAUCGAAUCUAAUGAAGAGACCUUGUCAAAAGAAUUGAGCUCAAAGGAAAUUUCCAAAUUCACCAACUACGUGAGUGAACAAAUCGAGUGGUUGGAUUUUGAAAGCGAUGAUGCCCUGAUUGAUAACUUGAGGCAAAAGAUUAAAAACGCAGGUAAGCGCGAACAGGAAGUCAAGAGAUAUCUCGAGAUGUCAAGCACCGAUUUGUCAAAAGACGGCAUGAAGAACUUGUACGAAGAUGGCUCAAAGUUGAUCAUGAAGAUUCAAUCAAGCAUGUUGAAGUUUGGUGAGCAAAUUGCAGAAAUUCGUAAGAAAUAUGACGAGGCUCGUUUCAACUUUGAUAAAGAAAACGAUAGGAUCAAGUUGAAGCUCAUGGGUAAAGAAGACAAAAUGCUAUCCUUUGAUAAGAAUUUACAAGAGUAUAGAGAAGUCAUAAGUAAAAUUGGGGAGUUGCUAAACUUUUCGGAUUCAAAGUUCAAUAAGAUUAGCAAGAGUGAGUUGUACACCUUCCACGAGUCAUUAGCCAAGGGGGUCGCUCAAAUGGUAAUUGAUCUCAUGGAAUUGGAGAACACCCACAUUGAACGGCUUAAGCUCUUUGACGAACAAUUUGACAAAUUGACGGAAAGACAAUUACAAAAGGAAUAUAGAAAGAAGUUGAGAGAGGCUGCUAAAGAGGCGGAGAGGAAAGCUGCUAAUGAGAACAAAAAGGAUGAGGAUGACGAUACAGAGGAGAGUGAAAUCAGCUCUCCAACUCAAAUUGCAUCCAAUACCGUACACGAGAAUGCAUCUGAAACACACGACGAGGUGCCAUUAGGUGAAGUUGAUGGUGACGAUGUGAAGAUAGCGCAUGAUGAAUUGUAG